CUGAAGACUAGACAUUAACACCAAGGUCUGAAGCCUAGACAUUAACACCAAGGCCUGAAGCCUAUCUCAUAUCUCUGCACUGAUUAACCAGUAGGGUGUGAUGUUGGACUUCUUUACUUCGUUGCUCCUUUCAGAUACCUGGAGAAUUUCUGGUUGUGCGUCACAGCUGUGAUGUACCAUGGGUAAAUUGUGACCGACUGAAUGAUCUACAAAUAAUAUUGAGUAGUUAUUUAUGAUGCAAGGUGAUUUGUAGAUUAGUCUGUCUCUGUGUCUGUUGAGCUGAAUGUACACGUAUAGAGGGUGUGGUUAAAGUGUUUCACAACCACGAUGGAUAGAUGUGAAACUGAAAGCUGUUUCCUCAUUUUAACACAGGCUUAGGUAAGGAUCCGGUGUGAGAGAUGGCGUCUACUGCGUACAUAGAGGAACUAACCUGUUCUGUGUGUCUCUCUCUCUUCACUGAUCCAGUUAGCCUCUCCUGCGGUCACUCAUUUUGUCGACAAUGUUUUACAAACUUUCGGAGAACACAGAACAUGUGUCCUCAUUGCCGGGCUAGAAUCUCAACAGCUGAGGGAAACCUCUCAACAAACCACAUUCUGAAGAGCUUGGCCAACAAAGCUAAAGAGGAAGCAGUAUGCGAUGAGAGGACAGGGGGGACUGACUGGUUGUGUCAUGACCAUGACGAGAAACUGAAACUAUUCUGUGAGGAAGACCAACAGUUGGUUUGCAUCAUAUGCCGGGACGGGGAGAAGCAUGACGGGCAUAAGUUUAAACCUAUCAAAGAGGCAGCCUUAGCUAGGAGGCGGGAACUAGAUGAGGCCAUUCAGUUCCUCACUCGUGACAACAGCUCCGUGGAGCACUUGGCCAAACAACAGGAAGAAGAGAUGACAAAAACCAAGACUAAGUCCUGUCGGCUGAGGAGUCAAAUCAGCAGCCAGUUUGAAGAGAUGCGGCAGUUUCUGAAGAAGAGGGAAGAACAGAUAAAGAAUGUGUUGCAGGAGAAAGAAGAGAAGACCUUGAAGAAGAUGAGAGGGAAUUUAGAGAGUAUGGAGUUGAUACUGUCAAAGAGGAAAGAGAAGGAGGUGAUGAUGAAAUCUGCUCGAGACAUCCCAGACAGUGAGGGUUUCCUUCAGUGGUGGAAUGACAUGGGCUUAUCUGAGGCACUGAAGGACAGGGACAUGCCACCACCAGAACGUCAUGGGGAGGACACGACUGAGGACGCCACCAAGGAGCGUCCAUACAAGUCCAGGGUAGAUGACCUCAAGGUGACACCGGUCUCCUUCUCUCUGGGGCCCUAUGAGUCUCACCUGCAGUUCUUUGUGUGGAAGGAGAUGCUGCAGGUAAUCAACCCUCUACCAGAGAGACUCACACUACAAACAGUGAGUCAGAAACUGACGAUCUCCAAUGACAGACGCAGUGUGUUUUGUACUCCCAGAAAUGCGGAAUCAGCUUUUUUAGCUCAUUCAGCUCGACGUCAAUCACAACAAUCAAAAGCAGUGAGUAACAGUAGGUUCAGCACUGGACAACACUGCUGGGAAAUAGAAGUGGGAACUGGGGCUUUCUGGGAACUGGGAGUUAAAAAUGUUCAGGGGGGGUUUUGGUUUGAACUUUUUGGUUCAAAAACAAUGCGUCUCAGGUACAGAAAUCGAAAAUAUACUAUUCACGGUAUGGAUACCGAAAAACAAAUCACUUUUAGUGAUACACCUCGAAAGAUAGGGCUAUACCUAAAUUGUGCUACCAAGGAACUCUCUUUCUACAAUGCAGAUGACAUGUCGCUUAUCUAUACUCUCGUCUGUAAUUGGAAAGACGUGUCAGCCUAUUUUAACAUUGGUGAAUGUGAUGGAGUAGAUUCUGACCCCCUGACAGUCUGCUGGUAUUGAUCUGCUUAUCAUAGACCCCCUGACAGUCUGCUGGUAUUGAUCUGCUUAUCAUAGACCUCCUGACAGUCUGCUGGUAUUGAUCUGCUUAUCAUAGACCCCCUGACAGU